AGAGAGAGAGAAAGUGAGAGAGUGAGAGAGAGAGAGAGAGAGAAAGUGAGAGAAAAAAGUAAAUGAAAAGAACUAGAAAAUAGAGAAAGAAAAGAGAAAGAAAGAAAGAAAGAGAGAGAAAGAAAGAUUCGCUCACUAUCUCACAAUAACUCUCUCACUAUCUUUAAUUUGGGUGGCAGCGACGGCGGCGGCUGCGGACGACACGGGGGCCGGGGCACGGUGGAGGGCAUGUUCUGGGGGCGUGAGCACGGGGGGCGCGGCCCGGGGGGGCGGACGGCGGGUGCGGGGCGCGCGCGAGAGGUGAGCGGCGGCGGCGGCGGCGGCAGUGGCAGUCUAGGGCCGCGCCUCGCGGGGGACGAGCGUGCCACGCCAGCCUGCCGUCACGACACCACCACCACCACCACCACCACCCAGCAGGGCGCUGCCCCCCCUCAACGGGUCACCGUCACCUCCUUCACGCGGCCCAAGCUCACCCCGCAGCUGCCGUCCCCCUCCCUCCACCACCACCCCUCCGCACCCCAGCGUGACCUGCUCUACCAGGACUGCCCCCCCACUCAUCACCACCCACCCCACACACCACGCCCGCCCCCCGGUGGGGUGCAGGUUCUGCCCCCGGGGCCCCCGCCAUACUCACCGCGGCGCGCCCCACGCUCCAACACACACGCCGACCCACGUCCUGACCCGGGCCGGCCCCCGCCAGACCCGGGCAAGGACCCAGGGGGCCCCGCGCCCCACGUUGCCCCUGGUGAUACCAGAGAACAGCAGCAGCAGCAGCAGCGGCGGCAGGGGGUGGGUGAGCGGCGUGAGGGGGAGGCGGGGCGUGCCCCCAGCCAGCAGGGGCACCAAGAGUCAUACCAGCCGUACCACCAGGCCGCGGCACGACCCGGCCACGCCACCACCAGGCAGGCACACCACGCCACGCCUCAACACCCGCGCCUCACCAAUCUCACCCACCCACACCCACGUCAGGCCACCCUCACCAACCGGCAGCAGCAGCAGCAGGAGCAGCAGGGUGUGGACGCAGGGUGCGGGCGUGGGAGCGAGCGUGACAGCUGCGGCAGCAGCAGCAGCAGUGUCGUGAAGAGGGCGCCAUGCAGUGGCCAGGGCCCUGCAGGAGGUGUGUGCGCGGCGGCGCAGUCCCAGCCUGGCGCGGGGCCUGGAGGUAGUGGGCGUGAGGGGCGCGGGGCGGGGCGUGGGUCGCGGGGCAGUGGGUGCCUGGUGUGGGUCAGCCUGCCUGGAGGCGGCGCGCGCCUCGAGUACAUGCCCGUGCCCGCCCUGGCCACCAUCAAGGCCACGCCCGCGCUGCCGGCCACGCACGCCGUCACCCGUCCCAGGGGCGGCGGCGGCGGCGGCGGCGGCAAGGGCGAGGGUGCAGCGAGCGGAGAGUCAGCGGCAAAAAACUUGGUUAGCUCUGCCCCGGGCGGCGGCGGUGGCAGAGUGGCGCAGAGUGGACACCCGCCGCAGCAGGGCGCCGUGGAGCAGGAGGGCGCCGUGCUGACCGUGGCUGGGCGCGGCGCGGGGCAGGUGGUGCGCAUCCGUGUGAGGCCUGAGGUGCACGCCUACCUCACCUCGCUGCCCGCCGCCCACGCCCACACUGGGCCGCUGACGCCCCUGGCGCGCCGCGGCAGCCGCCAGGACAGCCAGAGCAGCGGCGGCUCGGCGCUGACGGGCGGCUCUGAGGGCGGCGAGGGCUCGGCAGGAUACCACGACCACGACUACCAGGAGGCGGUGGGCGAGUACACCCUGCUGCGCCGCGCCCUCGACGACCACGAUCCCCACGCCCUCUCCUUGCUGGCCGCCACGCUGGGCCCAGAAGGCAGCGGGACAGAAUACCCUUAUCUUCGUGAAAUGAAGGAACGACUACUGCUGUCACGUGACCCCCCCCUGGCCAGCAUGGACGACGCCUCUCCGCAUGACCCCGCUGAUGCACAGAUGCUGGAGGUUCAUCAGACACCGGUGGGCACUGUUGUAAAGCUGAACGCGGAUGGCUACGGGUCCCACACAUCGCCCACGCACCGAGUCGAGAGCCUUUACACCGCUACAUUAGAGUCACGAAGGGGUGUUCUGGAGUACUACCCAAAGAACGCCAAGACCAGCACCUUCAUAACCCUCUCCCUGUUGUACGCGACGCUCCUGGUGGUGGUCUGCUUGGGUUUUGUGCUGUCAGAAGUUCUUACUCACAAUGUUCCUCUCUACUACUACGAGGCGUUCUUCACCUAUCUGUACGGGGUCAGCAUCCUCUUCCUCCUGUACGUCCUCUGCUACCUACUUUCAGACUCAGCGCGGGACAGGAAGCCUAAACAAUCACAGGUCAAUGCGGGGCACCGUUCAGGACAGUACAAUGUAUCAGAUUAUGAAUAUUACGCGUGUUCUGAGGGUGUGCUACAGAAGGUGCGGCAGUCCGAGGGCCUCGCUGAUGGCUCCCCCACGCAGGAGAAGCUCACCUCAACCACCUCCAGCAGCAAACCUAAAAAACACAAAACAUCUGACAAUGACCACAGCCAUGGAUCUUUCUUCCUCAGGAUUGGCGCUAUUGCGUUCGGUCUGGGAACAAUGAUUUACAACGGUUUGGAAUUCGGGGUGUUCUUUGAGAUUCCGCUGUCCUCACCGUGUUACCAGAUCCUGCGCGGCGUGAACCCUCUCCUGCAGCUGGUCUUCACCUUCAUGCAAAUGUAUUUUAUCUUCAUGAACGCAAGGCUGAACAUCCAUAAAUUCAAGUUCCUGGCUCGCUUCGGUUUGAUGCACAUUGUGGCCACCAACCUGUGUGUCUGGGUUCGCACGCUGGUCAGGGAGAGUCUGAAGGAGAUUAACGAAUUUAGAGUCUCCGAAGGACACCGUGGCGAGGACUACAUGAUUCUGGAGGGUAUACGCCGCGCCUUGGAGAACCGCGGUCUUAUGGCGCCCAACAAAUACCUCUAUAACCUUGACGAUUUCGUAGAGAUGCAAGAGAUUAACGAAACAAUGCAAGAGGCCAACACCAUGGUGAACGAAGAGGACUUAGUUAACAGGACCUGCCAGCGUGUGGAGAUAAUGGGGUCUAUUGUCUCAGAUUCCGCCCCUUAUCUCUAUCCAUUCAUUGUGGAGUAUUCUCUCAUCGCAGCUGCUGUGCUCUAUAUCAUGUGGAAGCAUAUAGGACGUAACCCCAGGUUCGUGUACGACGCAGAGAGUGCCGGGGACGGGAUGUCUGUGGUGUCCCGGAGGUGCCACUCUAGGGUCGACUGCGUGGGUGCCAGCAAGGGCCUGUUCUGUGGCCUCCUGGUGCUUGUGGCGUCCCUGAUUUGCCUCAUCCUGUUCUUUGUGUUGGUCAAUCAAAAGGAGCUGAAAAUGCUGGCUAUAUACCUGGCUGACUGUUCGCACUGUGGCAUCAUGUUCUUCAGCAUUAUAGCCAUCUUCAUUGGUUUUGUAAGGGUCCGCCAACUCAAGUUCCACGGAGAGAGAGAAGAGGAAUUAGACGAUAUUUUACUGAUGGUCUCUGCGUUUGGUCUGUUUGCUUAUGCUGUCUUCUCCACGGUUGCCGGCAGCCUGUCAGCAUACACCCGCGAGCCUAACCUGCUUGUCAUGGUCACUGGAAUCAUGUCUGUCCUGCAGGUGAUAAUACAAAUGGUGUUUAUCAAGGACACACAACGCCGCCAAGUUUCUCUCCCCGAACACGAACGCACUAAGCCAGGGAGACAAGUGGUGACCUUCCUGCUUAUCUGCAACCUCACCAUGUGGGUUAUAUACACCUUUGAGACGCAGAAGGUGGAGGCUAACCCUGUGCAGCUCGAGUUCUUCGGUGACCUUCCUUGGACCAUCCUCCUGAGAUGUACCCUUCCGCUGGCCAUCUUCCACCGAUUCCACUCAACAGUUGUUCUGGCAGCCAUCUGGAAGAAUUCGUACAAGACGCGUAUUGAAUGAGGGCAGCCAGUCGCGUCCUCCUUCACAGGGACAGUUCAUAGCAUCAGCCAUUGUCACACCACCACCAAUGGAAUCCUGCACCGCCCCCCACAGCCCCGCCACCACCCCCUCCUGCAGCCCCCAAACGCGGCCCCCUCCUCUGAGCUCGAGCCUAUGCUACACACACCCACCAGCCCCCUCCCACCUCCCCCGGCUCUAGACCAGCGAUCAGAGCAUAAAGUGUCACUGUUCAGCAUUAUUUAAGGUGUUUGUGUGUUUGUUUUUGGGUGCGUUUGGGUGGUUUUUUGAGUUUUUGGGUGUUUUUUGGGUGUUUUUUUGAGUUUUUUGGGUGUGUUUAGGGUGUUUGGGUGUUUUUUUUUUCUCGUUUUU